AUGCUUGAAAGGAAAAAGCUCGUCGGUCUUUCAGGGGGUGACGCUCUACGUGAGCUCUUAUACAGCCAUGACGCGAAACACAUCUUUGGAUAUCCCGGUGGUGCAGCUCUCCCUCUCUUCGACGGCAUCUAUAAUGCAUCGCGUCUUGAAUUCAUCCUCGUCCGCCAUGAACAGGGCGCCGGUCACAUGGCUGAAGGUUAUGCGCGAGCCAGCGGUAAACCCGGAGUCGUUUUAGUGACUUCAGGUCCCGGUAGCUCGAAUGUGGCAACGCCUAUGCUGAACGCCCUGCUCGACGGGACCCCCAUGGUGGUUAUCUGCGGCCAGGUUGCAACCGCCGUGCAAGGUACCGGUGCCUUCCAGGAAAUUGACAUCAUGGGACUGGCCAAGCCGUGUACCAAAUGGGCGACCUGCGUACAGAGCGUUGGUCAGCUUCCCGAUGCGGUAGAUUCGGCCUUUCGCUGUGCCAUGGAUGGACGACAAGGGCCCACACUCGUCGCCGUGCCGAAAGAUGUUGGCCGUGCUACGUUUGAUCUGAACACGCUACCAUCCCCUCAUUCUAUGUCGACGCCAUUGAUAGGGGGAGAGGACGCGUCUAGACAUAAUCCUGAAGUGGCUCCCACGCACAGCACUCUUAGUCGACACAGACAGCUGGAUCGCGUAUCAAUGUUAAUCAACUCCUCUCAAUCACCUGUGGUAAUUGCCGGGAAUGGAGUCCUCGCCAGCCCAAACGGUAUAAACCUCAUAUCUCAACUCGCUGAGAAGGGGUGUAUCCCGGUCACCUCAACGCUCCUCGGCCUAGGAUGUUUUGCUCAGACUCAUCCCCUCUCAGUGGGCAUGGUCGGCACGUACGGAGCACCGCCCGCCAACCUCGCUGUGCAAAAUGCAGAUUUGAUUCUGGCCAUUGGCGCCAGAUUGGACGAGCGUGUCGUCGGGAAUCCGCAGGGAUUUGCCCUCAGUGCUCGAGUCAAGGGGGCAGGAGGAAUCAUUCAAUUUGAUAUCAGUAGCAAUACUAUUGGGAAAGUUGUGCAGCCGACGGAGAUCAUUUUGGGCGAUCUCUCCGAGUCUCUCCCUUUGAUCAUCCCUGACCUGAAAUAUAAAGCGCACAGACGGGUCUGGCUUGCUCGGAUCAAUCGCUGGAAGACAGAAAAUACAAUCCCACGUCAUCUUUCACCGGCUCCUAAUACGCAUCGUGACUUGGAUCCUCUCCCGCAACAGGUAGUCGCUGAACUGAACCGGCAGACCUCUCACUUGAAGCACAACCUUCUGGUAUCCUCUGGAGUUGGUCAACACCAAAUGUGGGCGGCCAAGUAUUUGGAAUGGCACCCUGGCCGUCCUUUCAUCACCUCCGGGGGUCUGGGAACCAUGGGAUUUGGACUUCCCGCUGCCAUAGGGGCCAAACUAGCCCAGCCUGAUUGCGAGGUGAUCGACAUCGAUGGCGACGCCUCAUUCUGCAUGACCAUGGCGGAGCUGCUUACCGCAUCACAGCACGGCGUGGCGGUCAAGGUCAUCAUUCUCAACAAUAGCCAGCAGGGGAUGAUUACGCAGCUGCAACGUUCAAGUUACGGGGGAAGAGAAUGCCAUGCUAGGCAAGCCAACCCGGACUUUGUAGCAUUAGCUCAUUGCAUGGACUGUCAAGGGGCGAGGCAUAUGCCCGGACAGGACCUGUCGGCGUCUAUUUGCUGGCUACUGCGGUGUCAAAGCCCGGCGGUGUUGGAGGUGGCAGUUGCCAAGACUGAGAUGGUGCCCAUCGUGACAGAGGGAGGGGCCCUUGAUGAAAUCAAAUUGGAAUAA